UAAGUAAAUACCGUAUGUUCUACGAGUACUGUACAAAGUAUAAAAACACUGUAUACGCUACCGGCGCACAGGAAAACGCAUCGUCUGUAAAUCCAGCAAUUGGUAGUAGUGCGUAAUGCUACAAGUAAAGGUUUCCUGUUCAUGUUUGCAUCGCGUACCUACUACAGUACCUAUGUAGUACAGUUUGGAUCGUCACUCAUUGGUUUACCGAAGACCGUUUGGAGUUUUCUUUCCAGAUUCGUUUUUAUUCUAGGUCUUUACUGCAUCUACAAUAACAUUUGCCUAAAUGGAGGACGUAUGCGUUGCUUGCACUGAGCGUCUAGCCACCAUCCGUUUCAAGCCAUGUAAUCACCGCCAGUAUUGCUCUACGUGUUUUCCUAAAGUGGAGCGUCGGAUCUGUCCUUUUAAUUGUCCAGGCUCGGAUGUGAAUGAAACGGAGGACAGUACUGCAGUCCAGCUCCGUCCUACAACAGUCGCCGAUGCUCUGCAUAUUCACGAUUCGGGGGACCCUUUUCCAUAUGGCUGUACGGCACCUAAUCAAUCUUUCCACAAAGCCUCCCUUGCCGAUCAUCGGAUUGUUUCAGCGAAAAUCCAAGAACUACAAGCGGGACGCCUGACUUUGGCAGAACUGGAGCGUGCAGCGGACGACCUGACCAAGAGACAGUACAACCUGCUGUUUAUCGAGUUGUUCCAAGACCAAGAUCUCCAUUCUGUAUUGAAAGCUGCCGACAGGUUCAAAUUUGAAGCCAUGAAUUUUAAGCAUAAGGUCAAAGAAAUGGUUGUCACCACGUUUACAUCGCCCUCGUACAACGCCAUUGCGGCACGAUCGGGAUUGGCUGCGGUGGCUGACGUUUUUGCCGAACAAAUCAUCGACAAGAUCGGUGGUCUCGGUGGGACAUUAAACAAGCCAGCGCUAACUGCCAUACCGAACGUGGCCAUGUUUGUUAUUUUCAGCGGUGUGGAGAUCUACCGUUGGAAGGUAUCGAAGUCAUUGAGCGGCAAGGAUUGCGCUAAAAAUGUGGGAGAACAUUUUGUGGGAUCCUUGUUCGGAGCGUUGGGAAGUUACGGAGGAGCCAUUCCUGGUGCGGCCGCUGGAGCGUGGAUUGGCUCUGUCGUUCCCAUCAUUGGGACCGCGAUAGGUGGCGCUAUUGGCGCGAUUAUUGGGGCUUUUCUCGGUGGAUUAGGCAUGGAUGUCACUGCGCGUCUGCUGUACCGGCAAGCUGUACCCCGAACCAAGCAGGAAGAAAAGGAGACGGAAAGAGAGGAGCAACGCCAGAUGACAGCAGACGAGAACAAAGCCAACAAAGCCAACAAAGCUGCCAAGAAAUGCAAUACAGACCUGCAGGUAGAUAACUUUCCCGAGGCUCAAGCAAGAUUUCGUCGCAAGUUGCUGGACUAUCAUCCCGAUAAGCAUCCCGAUGCUACCGCGGAACAAAAGGAGCAACUGACGGCAGAGACACGGGAUCUACUGGCUUGCUGGCAGAUUGUACGCCAGCAUUAUGCUACAAAGAACGCCAGUCAGCUGAGCGAUGAAAGCUUUAUUCGGGUAUGCGUACUGAAAGUGUUCGAAGCCGCGACACAACAGUGGAAAAUUGUGAGAACGUUUUUUGAAGAUAUCGCUGUUGGGCUCGACCUCAAUCCGGAUACGGAGCGAGUUGAAAACAUGGUUCUCUAUUUAUAGCUCCUUUUCUGCUUAUGGUUGAAAUCCUGAUUUUUUUCCUGUACAUUUCUUCCUUGUUAUCCCUGUAAAUUCUGAUUUUAUUCCUGUAACCCGGGGGUGGUUGCUUGGUUCAUAUACGCUAUAACGCUGCACUGAAACCAUCUACUUGAGCGAUUGUCUCCCUGUCCUUCGACCAUUUCUCUGCUUUAAAUUUUGUGGUGUGCUGCUUUACAUCCAGUUUGCCUUUUUUAUGGGCGAAUACAAUAGUAGCUGCUGAUGGCUGUAUUAUAAUGAAUACAGAGUCUGUACUUACUUAAUUAUGCGCAUGUGAUGGCUGUAUGAACAAUAUAAUAUACUCUGUAUAAAAACAAAUA